CAAAAGCGAGUUGCGCACCGCCGUAAAACAGCACACGCGUGUAAUCCCUCCUGCAGUGCAGCAGCGGCGACAGCAGAGCUUUGUGUUUGGAUGACAGUCACACACACGCCGAUUGUUGCCGCGCCCGGAGGGCGAGCGAGUUAUGAUGGAACUGCAGCAGACGAACGCAGUCAAAGAGCAGUGCGCAGAUGCGCCGCAACGAGGCGCCGCGGUUAGCUUUCACAACAUUCACUACAAAGUGACUCAAGCUCAAGGAUGUUUAUGCUGGAGGAAGAAAAGGAGCACCAAAGAUAUCCUGAUUGACCUCAAUGGCAUCAUGAAGCCCGGCCUCAAUGCGAUCAUGGGAGCAACCGGAAGUGGAAAGUCAUCGUUCCUAGAUGUCUUGGCUGCCCGGAAGGAUCCUGCCGGUCUGUCGGGGGAAGUCCUCAUUGACGGCGCCCCUCAACCACCCAACUUUAAGUGUCUAUCGGGGUACGUGGUGCAGGAUGACGUGGUGAUGGGAACACUGACGGUCAGGGAGAACUUCAGCUUCUCGGCGGCGCUCCGUCUUCCGUCCAGUGUUUCUCGGGCAGCCAAGGAACAGAAAGUGGUCCAGCUGAUCCAGGAGCUCGGACUGAGCCGCGUGGCCGACUCCCGGGUGGGCACCCAGCUGAUUCGAGGCAUCUCCGGGGGCGAGCGGAAGCGCACCAACAUUGGCAUGGAGCUAAUCAUCGACCCGCCCGUUCUCUUCCUGGAUGAACCCACGACCGGCUUGGAUGCCAGCACCGCCAACUCUGUCCUGAUGCUACUCAAAAGGAUGGCCAGCAGGGGGCGCACCAUCAUCCUGUCCAUCCAUCAGCCUCGCUACUCCAUUUAUCGCCUCUUUGACAGCCUCACUCUGCUUGUCAACGGCAGACAGGUGUACCACGGGCCGGCAAACAGCGCUCUGGACUACUUUUCAGAAAUCGGGUACAUCUGUGAGCCUCACAACAACCCUGCAGACUUCUUCCUGGACGUUAUCAACGGAGACUCCACCGCAAUGGCCGUCGGCAACAUAGACGGAGAAGGUGUGUUGCCAAAUGAAUGCUCACUUUUUGGGUUUUUUUCUUUUAACCCGCUUGUAAUCCUCCUUCUAGAUUCGGACUCUGUGUUGAAAUCCAGACAGGGAAUCGAGGACAAACUGGUGGAGGAAUACAGAAACUGUUCUGACUUUAAGCGAACCAAAGCAGAGUUGGAGAGAAUUCUCCAAGGUAAAAAGGCGAGCAGCACCGCUCGCUCCAGAACCAUCACCUACAAUACCAGCUUCCUGACGCAGUUCCGCUGGGUUCUUCAGAGGACCUUCCGUAACCUCCUGCUCAACCCGCAGACCUCCAUCGCUCAGGUGGCAGUUACGUUGUUCCUUGCUCUGGUUGUCGGAGCCAUUUUCUUCAACGUCCAGGAAGACCAGAGCGGAAUCCAAAACAGGUUCGGCGCCCUCUUCUUCAUCACCGUCAACCAGUGUUUUAGUUCCUUGUCGUCGGCCGAGCUCUUCAUCGCCGAGAGGAAACUCUUCAUUCACGAGUACAUCAGCGGUUACUACCGGGUGUCGGUCUACUUUCUGUCCAAGAUCCUCUCGGACAUCGUGACGCUGCGGACCAUCCCCGCAAUGGUGUUCAGCUGCGUGGCCUACUUCAUGAUAGGCUUAAAGCCAACGGCGGAGGCCUUUUUCCUCUUCAUGUUCACCGUGACUCUGGUGGCGUACACCGCCACUGCCAUGGCGCUGGCCAUCUCUGCCGACCAGACAGUGGUGGCCAUCGCCAACAUUUUCAUGACCAUCGCCUGCGUCUUCAUGAUGAUCUUUGCGGGCCUGCUGGUCAAUCUUCCUUCCAUCGUCAGCUGGCUGGCUUGGUUGAAAUACUUGAGCAUACCUCGCUAUGGUCUCGGUGCUCUGCAGGUGAAUGAGUUCUACGGGCUGGACUUCUGCCGCGGCCUCAACAGCAGCAGUGUGCCCCCAGGGACAAUUUGUAAGGGCCAGGACUUCUUGGACGAGCAAGGCGUGGAAUACUCGGCUUGGGGCUUUUGGCAGAACCACGUGGCCCUCGGGGUCAUGACCAUCUCCUUCCUCGCCAUUGCUUACCUCAAACUGCGCUACAUAAGAAAGUUCACCUAGACUAUACUGGACAUGCUUGGAAACAAAAGCAGAUAUUGAAAAAAAAAUUGCGGGUGGUGAAGAAAAUACUGGUGUCUCUAUUUGCACACAAAAAAUAUAAUCGACACAUUUGAUUUGCAGUAAUUUCAUUAAUUGUACUGCCUCACAUUCUAUUAUUUAUCAGUUAAUAGUUUUAACUUGUAUUUUAGUAUCUAAUUACAAAUAUGCAUAUGUACUGUAUAGUUUAGAUUUGUUUUUUUAAUUUGCUAUGUUUGGUUCCACUACUUCAGUUUUAAGCUUUCAAGUUUUAUUGUACCGUCACAAUAACAAUAAAAAAAAUAACCAUGUGCUUUU